ACGAAAAAGUGUGACUUGGGCUUUCACCAUUUCUUCUUCUCUUUUUCUCUCUUACAGUGUUUCUACUAACUUUCCAACCGUUUGUUUCGCUUCGGCGGGAUUCUGAACUUCCCGUGUUGAGCAUUCUUGCUCUCUAAGAAGAACAUGAGUAGCUUGGUUGAGAGGCUUCGUGUAAAAUCUGAUCGCAAGCAAUUUUAUACUAUAGACUUGUCAGAUGAUGAUGAUGAUGAUGAUUUAAUGCCCAGGAAAAGUCAGACAACUCAGGAGAAGUUUGAGAGGAUUGUUAGAAGUGAUGCAAAAGAGAACUCAUGUCAAGCUUGUGGAGAGAGCGAAAAUCUUCUGAGCUGUGAAACAUGCACUUAUUCUUUCCAUCAAAGGUGUUUACUCUUUCCACAGAAAAGCUCCCAUCUGGACAGCUGGAUGUGCCCUGAAUGUGUUAACCCACUUAAUAAUAUUGAUAAGAUAUUAGAUUGUGAUAUGCGCCCUAUUGUAGUAGCUGGCAAAAGUGAUGCCAAAAAUUUGGAAUCAAAAGAAAGCUUGGCCAAACAAUAUCUUGUUAAGUGGAAGGGACUAUCAUAUUUGCACUGCAGAUGGGUGCCAGAGGAAGAGUUUCUGAAAGCUUUCAAGAAUUAUCCUCGCUUAAAGACCAAAGUAAACAACUUUCAUAGUCAAAAGGCACAAGUCAGACAAUUGGAUGAAGAUUUUGUUGCCAUUCGACCUGAAUGGACUGUUGUUGACCGAAUACUUGCUUGCAGGGGAAAUGAUAAUGAGAAGGAGUAUCUUGUGAAGUGGAAAGAGCUUCCUUAUGAUGAAUGCCAUUGGGAGCUUGAGUCUGACAUCUCUUUGUUCCAAGCAGAAAUAGAGAGAUUCAAUAUAUUUCAGUCUAGGACUAGGAAAAUUUCUUAUAGUAAACAAAAAAGCAUGGAUAAUGAUGAUGCUGAAUUGAUAAAGCGGCAGAAAGAAUUUCAACAGUAUGAACAAAGCCCCGAGUUUCUCUCAGGGGGGGCACUACAUCCAUAUCAACUUGAGGGAUUGAACUUUCUAAGAUUCUCUUGGGCCAAUGAAACCCAUGUUAUACUUGCUGAUGAAAUGGGACUUGGAAAAACCAUACAAAGUAUUGCUUUCUUAGCAUCUCUUUUCAAAGAGAAUGUUUCUCCACAUCUGGUGGUUGCUCCACUUUCUACACUACGAAACUGGGAGCGUGAAUUUGCAACUUGGGCCCCUCAAAUGAAUGUUAUUAUGUAUUGUGGAUCUUCCCAAGCUCGUGGCAUUAUCAGAGAAUAUGAAUUUUACUUUUCGAAGAAUGAAACGAACAAGAAAGUUAAAUCUAAAAAAACAGUUACUACAAACAAGUUGGAAAGCAUUAAGUUUGAUGUCCUUUUGACAUCAUAUGAAAUGAUAAACUUGGAUGCGACCUGGUUAAGACCUAUAAAGUGGGAGUGCAUGAUAGUCGAUGAAGGUCACCGUCUCAAAAACAAGGAUUCUAAAUUGUUUUCUUCAUUAAAUCAAUACUCUAGCAGACAUCGCGUGCUUUUGACAGGAACUCCUCUUCAGAACAAUCUGGAUGAACUUUUUAUGCUUAUGCAUUUCCUUGAUGCUGGGAAGUUUGGAAGUUUAGAGGAGUUCCAAGAAGAGUUUAAGGAUAUCAAUCAAGAGCAACAGAUUUCAAGGCUUCAUAAAAUGCUGGCCCCACAUCUCCUGCGAAGAGUGAAGAAAGAUGUCCUGACUGAGCUACCUCCUAAAAAGGAGCUUAUUAUACGUGUUGAAUUGAGCAGCAAACAGAGAGAAUAUUAUAAGGCAAUUUUGACUCGUAAUUAUGAGAUAUUAACUCGCCGUGGUGGAGCACAAAUUUCUCUUAACAAUGUUGUUAUGGAACUGCGUAAGCUAUGUUGUCAUCCGUAUAUGUUGGAAGGAGUUGAACCAGUUCUGGACGAUGAAAAAGAAAAAUACAAACAACUGCUGGAAUCAUCAGGGAAGUUGCAACUGUUAGACAAGCUGAUGAUGAAGCUUAAAGAGCAAGGGCACAGAGUCCUAAUAUAUUCCCAAUUUCAGAGCAUGCUGGACAAACUUGAACAAUAUUGUGUUUACAAGCAUUGGCAGUAUGAAAGGAUAGAUGGCAAGGUUGGUGGAGCUGAAAGACAAGUAAGGAUAGAUCGAUUUAAUGCUAAAAAUUCUUCAAGAUUUUGUUUCCUUCUUUCUACUAGAGCUGGUGGAGUGGGAAUAAACCUUGCAACGGCUGACACAGUUAUUAUAUAUGACAGUGAUUGGAAUCCUCACGCCGAUCUACAGGCUAUGGCCAGAGCUCAUCGACUUGGACAAACUAACAAGGUGUUGAUUUAUAGGCUUAUAACACGUGGAACAAUUGAAGAAAGAAUGAUGGAAAUGACAAAGAAGAAAAUGUUGUUAGAACACUUAGUGGUUGGGAGCAUAAAGACUCAAAAUUUUAAACAGGAGGAGUUGGAUGAUAUCAUAAGGUAUGGUUCAAAGGAGUUAUUUGCUGAUGAGAAUGAUGCGGUGGGAAAAUCUCGUCAAAUUCAUUACGACGAUGCUGCUAUAGACAGAUUGUUGAAUCGCGAUCAAGUUGGAGAUGAAGAGGCCACUUUGGAUGAGGCUGAUGAGGAUGGGUUUCUGAAAGCCUUUAAGGUGGCAAAUUUUGAAUAUAUUGAUGAAGCUGAGGCUGCAGAAGAAAAAAGUGAAAUAGAGGGUAAAUUUUCUGUCAGCGGAUCAGAAGGGAAAAGUUACUGGGAGGAAUUGCUAAAAGACAGAUAUCAAGAGCAUAAAGUUGAAGAGCAUAAUGUCUUGGGCAAAGGGAAACGAAACCGCACAAAAUUUCUGAUGGUUUCUUUUAAGGGCGAAAAUUCUCGUCUAGAAGAUGUAAGCUCUGACGGUGAGGAUGACAAUUAUGAAGUGGCUCUUACUGAUGGCGAUUCAAAUUCAACAGGAACUACUACUGCUAAAAGACCUUCCAAAAAGAAAGCUCGUAGUAUAUAUCAAUAUUUACUUAUUAUUUCUUUGAUGAUUAUGGACUUCAUUUAUCUGUUUUUGACUGUGAUGUUAAUUUAUAUACUAGCUGCAGAUAACACAGACCCACUUCCUUUAAUGGAAGGCGAAGGAAAAUCACUAAGAGUACUUGGUUUUAGUCAAAGUCAGAGGGCUGCUUUCCUUCAAAUAUUAAUGAGGUUUGGGGUCGGUGAUUUUGAUUGGAAGGAGUUUAUUUCCAACAUAAAGCAGAAGACUUAUGAAGAAAUCAAAGAGUAUGGAACCCUUUUCUUGUCUCAUAUUGCUGAAGAGAUAAAUGAUUCCCCUACAUUCUCAGAUGGUGUUCCAAAAGAAGGAUUACGAAUACAAGAUGUUCUUGUUAGAAUUGCGGUUCUGCUAUUGAUAAAGGAAAAAGUGAAGUUUGCAUCAGAAAAUCCUGGCACUCCACUUUUUUCAGAUGACAUCUUGUCACGCAAUAUAGGCUUGAAAGUUACAAAGAUGUGGAAGGAGGAGCAUGAUUUAGUCUUACUGCAUUCAAUUUUGAAGCAUGGGUAUGGAAAGUGGCCAGCUAUUGUUGAUGAUAUGGAUCUGAAUAUUCUGAUGGUCAUCUGUGGGGAGUUAAACAUUCCAUUCAUAAAUGUACCAGUAGGACAAGUUGGCUCUCAUAUGCCAAAUGGUGCAAAUAUGACAAAUGCGGAAUCCACCAGCAACCAGUCUAGGCAGAAUAGCGGCAGCGUCAUGGCAGUUAAUGGGGCACAUGGUUCUUGUGAUGCUGGGAAGCAAGAAAAGUUGCAUCAAGAGCCCUCUACGUUAUGUCAAUUUAGAGAAAUGCAAAGAAAGCACACUGAGUUUAUAAAAAAGAGGUUUCUUCUCUUAGAAAAGUGUAUCAAUUCUGAGUACCAAAAAGAAUACAAUGAUGAUAUGAAAGCAAGGGAAGGGAACAAUAAAGAACUAAAAAAUGAACCUACGACUACAAAUGUAGGAAGACACAUAUUCGGGGAGACUCACAGCCAAAAGAUUGAUCAACUGCGUCAAUUAGAACCAAUAACUUUUGAAGAAAUCUGUGCUUCUGUUUGUGAUGAUAAUCCAAAUCGGUUGACAUUAUGUCAUCUUUACAAUGAGAUGUGCGACGCUGUGGAGACAAAUACUGCGAAUUUAGUUCAAGCAUCGCUGUCCAGAGAGCUGACAGAAGUCAAUGCUAUGAAGAAUUUCCAUCAACUAGCAACCAUCUGUGAUCAUGUCAACAGAAUUCUAACACCACAAAAUCAAACCAAUUCAGAGCCAAUAGCAAAUUCUGAUAUCAAACCAGAUGUUGUAUCACAGACUGAAGUUUUGGAGCCUGAGCCCAAUUUCGUCAUCCCUCAAGAUGAAAGCAAAUCUAGAGGUAAUGGAGUCUGAAUUCGAAAAACAAAGCAAGCAGUUCGAGCCUGAUGGAAGAGAAUCAUGAAGACAUGUCUCGCAGAGACAAUGCGGAGAAUGAUACCGAGUUUAAUGGCAUGGCAUACCAGAAAUCUGAUGCGGUGGUAAUUUUUCGGGAUGAUGAGAUGCAAUACCUUAUAGACAGAUAUUUAUUUAUGCACCUUUUAGCAUAUACCUAAUAGUGUAGUAUUAUAUAUACUCUCUCUAUUUCAAUUGUUUGGUUGUUUAAAUAUUUAAACUUUUAACAAAACUUUGGAUGUUUUAGA